UUGUCAGCAGGUGCAGCCCGCUAUCAACACCAAAACAAGUGGAUCAGUUAACGGGACUCCGGUUCUUCCAGGCGCAAUGCACCGACUAUUGUUCGUGUUUCUGGCCGCGCUCGGGGCGUCUGUUCUCGGCCUCCCCGGGCUGGAUGUCUCCCCGGCGGCCGGGCCCUGCACCGCCCCGCUGCAGUGGGAGGGCAGGUGGGUGCUGUACGACCACAGCACCGGGAGGAACGGCCGAGCCGCCGUCUCCUACGACGGCCUGAACCAGAGGAUCCGAGUCCUGCAGCAGAACAAGAAACACACCCCGUGUCAGAGGUUUUUUGAGUACAUCUACUUGUACCAGAGCAUGGUGCUGUUCCAGAUUGACCAGAAGACCAAGGACUGCUCAAAGAUCGCUCUGACGGAGGCCUGGGAUCCCUUUGACAUCCCAGACAACUCUACCUUCGAGGACCAGUACUUCAUCGGCGGCCCCGGGGACAACGUGGAGGUUCAGGAGUGGUCAGACAGGAAGCCGGCACGCCAACACGAGACCUGGGUGGGCGUUUACACCCUGAAGGACUGCUACCCGGUACAGGAGACCUACGCCAGGAACACCAGCGUCACCACCUCCACCCGCUUCUUCAGCCUCCAGCUUGGCAUCAGUGACCCCGACGUCUUCACCCCGCCCAGCACCUGUCAAUCGGCUCGGCCAGACAGGAUGGCUGAGUCCGUCUGCUGAGGCCUCACCAGCCCUCACCUUUGACCUUAACAGCUUUCUGUGGCUGUGUCCGAAAUCGCUCCCUCAUUCAAUCGUUCACAUAAUAGACAGUCCGUAGUUCACUCAUAGUGAGCAGUAAACUGAGAUGUUUCCCACUUAUUCAUCGUAUUUCUGCGUCAACACUUACAGGUUUAGUUUCACCUGACUGUAACAUUUAGCAUCUGUAAAAUCUGACGCAUUGCAUUUUGGGAUUACUAGCAGAAAGUAGUGGACAUUACUCAUUAGUAGUGGACAUUGCUUUUUUUAUUUAAUGGUGUGAAUUUUUUUGGCACUCUAUAGGCUAGUGCAUACAUUUCGCACUCAGAAUUCAGAACUUAAAUAAAAUUGCGUAGGGUAAAUAUAAUGGAAUAUAUAGUAAAAACGGAGUAAUUUCGGACACAAUCUUUCUCUAACGUUUUAUAGAAGUGAAGUGUUUGUUUGCCGCUAAUCUGCUAAAACCGAUUAGCUUCAUGCUAAAAAGUGACUUUAAGUGUUGUUGGCACUCUUUAUUGCAAGCAGUUGAUAAAAAUAAUUUGAAGCAUACCAGGCUAGCAUACAACGGUUUCAGUGAAGCAUUCUGACUACAUGCUAACUAGCUAGUUAAUACAUGAAGUCUAUAUCACAGGCGUCGUGGUUCUAGGCAUAUUUUCUCAGACAUGCAGUGAUCUCUGAGCGAUCUGUUUGAGGUUUGAAAGAUGUUUUUCCCAAUUACACAAAUACUUUUGCACACAACCGGGGGGCAGAAACUAUCUGCCACAAUGUCAUGAUAGUUUAUAGACAUUUUCUCUAUUUUAGCAAUAAAGCAACUGGCUGGAAACUA